AUGGGCGCUGCCGCGGCGGCGGCGGCCAAUGGGAGCGGCGGCGGCGGCGCGGCCCCGGCGCCCCCCGCCCGCCUCCCCUUUAGAGGCGCGGCGGGCGGGCGGGCGGCCCAGAGCCGCGCCGCGCCGCUCCGCACCGGCACCGCGCCCCCCGCCCGCCGCCGCCGCCAACGGCCCCGGCCCCGGCCCCGCCGCGCGCAUGGGGGCCGCCGCCGCCGCGCUCGGCCCCACAUAACGGGCGGUCGCUGCCCCGCCGCGGCGCCGCGCCGCGCCAUGCCGGCCGAGCCCCCCCGACCCGCGCCGCCGCCGCCGCCGGCCCUGCGCGCCGCCGCCGCCCGCCGCUGCAAGCGGCUCGCUGAGGUGAGGGGCAGCAUCCGCCCGCCGGGGGGGCCGCGGCGCCCGGCACGGAGGCGGCGGGUCCCGGGGCGGGGGGGGGGGGCCCCGCUGUGGCUACGGGCCCGGUUUCAGAUGCUGCUCUUCGCCCUGGGCUGCCGGAUCCAGCGGCACUGCGGGAAAGUGCUCUUCGUGGGGCUGCUGGUGUUCGGGGCGCUGGCCGUGGGUCUCCGGGUGGCCUCCAUAGAGACCGACAUAGAGCACCUCUGGGUGGAAGCGGGCAGCCGUGUCAGCCAGGAGCUCCGUUACACGAAGGAGAAGCUGGGUGAAGAGUCUGUCUACACAUCGCAAAUGUUGAUCCAGACUCCGAAGCGGGAAGGCGAGAACAUCCUGACGCAGGAGGCCCUGCAGCUCCACCUCGAGGCUGCUCUGGCUGCCAGCAAAGUGCAAGUCUCGCUGUACGGAAAAUCAUGGGAUUUGAACAAGAUCUGCUACAAGUCGGGUGUCCCCAUUAUCGAGAACGGCAUGAUUGAGAGGAUGAUUGAGAAGCUAUUCCCGUGCGUGAUCCUGACACCACUGGACUGCUUCUGGGAAGGGUCCAAGCUGCAGGGAGGAUCGGCAUAUCUUCCAGGCCGCCCAGAUAUCCAAUGGAGCAACCUAGACCCUCUGCAGCUGAUGGAGGAGCUGGGGCAGUUCACAUCCCUGGAAGGCUUCAAAGAGCUGCUGGACAAGGCAGAGGUGGGGCAGGCUUACAUGGAGCGGCCCUGCCUUGACCCUCGAGACCCCCAGUGCCCCUCCAGUGCCCCCAACAAGCAAAGCCAGCAGAGCCCUGACAUCCCGGCUGAGCUCUCUGGGGGCUGCCAUGGCUUCUCCAGGAAGUUCAUGCGCUGGCAGGAGGAGUUGAUUUUAGGUGGCAUGACCAAAGACUCCCAGGGCAAGCUACUAAGCGCCGAGGCCCUGCAGACUAUGUUCCUCCUCAUGAGCCCCCGGCAGCUGUUUGAGCACUUCAAGGAUGACUAUGAGAUCCAUGACAUCAACUGGAGCGAGGAGAAGGCGGGUGCCAUCCUGGAGGCCUGGCAGAGGAAAUUUGUUGAGCUGGCACAGGACUCCAUCCCGCCCAAUGCCACGCAGAACGUCCAUGCUUUCUCCACCACCACGCUCAAUGACAUCAUGAAAUCCUUCUCCGAUAUCAGUGCCAUCCGGGUGGCCGGAGGUUACCUCCUCAUGUUGGCUUAUGCCUGUGUCACCAUGCUGCGAUGGGACUGCUCCAAGUCCCAAGGGGCUGUGGGCCUGGCUGGGGUCCUGCUUGUGGCUCUCUCCGUGGCCUCAGGCCUGGGACUUUGCUCUCUGCUCGGCAUCUCCUUUAAUGCAGCCACCACUCAGGUCCUGCCAUUCCUGGCCCUUGGCAUCGGUGUGGACGACAUGUUCCUCUUGGCUCACGCCUUCACUGAGACCAGCCAGCACAUCCCCUUCGAGGAGCGGACAGGCGAAUGCCUGAAGCGCACGGGGACCAGCGUGGCUCUCACCUCUGUCAGCAACAUGAUCGCCUUCUUCAUGGCAGCCCUGGUGCCCAUCCCUGCCCUACGUGCCUUCUCCCUCCAGGCUGCGGUGGUUGUGGUGUUCAACUUUGCUAUGGUGCUGUUCAUCUUCCCAGCCAUCCUGAGCCUGGACCUGCACCGCCGGGAGAAACGCCGGCUUGACAUCCUCUGCUGCUUCUACAGCCCUUGUUCCUCACGAGUCAUCCAGAUCCAACCCCAGGAGUUUGCAGAUGCCAAUGACAACCAUGCCUCCCACCCAUCCCCCUAUGGGCACCCUGGCAUGGCCACCAGCACCCAGAUCACCACCACUGUGCAAGCCUUCACCCAGUGCGACUCCUCGGGUCACCACAUUGUCACAGUCCUACCACCCACCUCGCAAGUGUGCACUUCGCCGGCGGUGCUCCUGCCUCCCGCUGAUCCAUUGGGCUCGCAGGUCUUCAUGCCGUCCAGCUCCACACGGGACUUGCUGGCCCAGCUGGAUGAGGCCAAGGGUGGGCGGGAGUGCGUACCCCUGCCAUUCUGCCGCUGGAGCCUCUCUGACUUUGCCCGGGAGAAGUACGCCCCGCUCCUGCUGCAAACCCAGACCAAGGCUGUGGUGGUGGUGCUGUUCCUCGCGCUGCUGGGACUGAGCCUCUAUGGCACCACCAUGGUGCAUGAUGGGCUGUACCUGACGGACAUCGUGCCACGGGACACCAAGGCUCAUGCUUUCAUCUCGGCCCAGUUCAAGUACUUCUCUUUCUACAAUAUGUUCAUCAUCACCAAGGGUGGCUUUCACUACCCCGGGGCCCAGGCUGCCCUGCUCAGCCUGCACCAGGCCUUCAGCACUGUCAAGUACGUGGUACGUGAAGGCAACCAUGACCUGCCCAAGAUGUGGCUCCACUACUUCCAAGACUGGCUGCGAGGGCUCCAGGCUACCUUCGACAGGGACUGGCAGGCCGGGCGCAUCACCCAUGACAGCUAUCGCAAUGGCUCUGAAGAUGGGGUGCUGGCAUACAAGCUCCUAAUCCAGACUGGCAACAAGAAAGAGCCCUUCAACUUCAACCAGCUGACCACACGGCGACUGGUGGAUGAAAAUGGCAUCAUCCCCCCUGACACCUUCUACAUCUGCCUGACAGUGUGGGCCAGCAAUGACCCCCUGGGCUUUGCCGCCUCCCAGGCCAACUUCUACCCUCCACCACCUGAGUGGAUCCAUGACAAGUACGACACCACGGGCGAGAACCUGCGAAUCCCAGCAGCCCAGCCACUGGAGUUCGCCCAGUUCCCUUUCUACCUGAGUGGGCUGCGUCGCACGGCCGACUUCGUGGAAGCAAUUGAGAGCGUGCGGGCCAUCUGCCGGGAGGCUGCCCAGCGCCACGGGGUGCUAAGCUACCCCAGUGGGUACCCCUUCCUCUUCUGGGAGCAGUACAUCGGCCUGCGCCAUUGGUUCCUGCUGGCCAUCAGCAUCCUGUUGGCCUGCACCUUCCUUGUCUGUGCCCUGCUGCUGCUCAACCCCUGGACAGCUGGCAUCAUCGUCUCCAUCCUGGCCAUGAUGGCGGUGGAGCUGUUCGGCAUCAUGGGGCUGAUGGGCAUCAAACUGAGUGCCAUCCCUGUGGUCAUCCUCAUCGCUUCAGUGGGCAUUGGCGUGGAGUUCACUGUCCAUGUGGCCCUGGGCUUCCUGACAGCUGUGGGGAGCAGGAACAUGCGCUCAGCCGUGGCGCUGGAGCACACCUUUGCCCCUGUGAUGGAUGGUGCUGUCUCCACUCUCCUGGGUGUCCUCAUGUUGGCCGGCUCCGAGUUUGACUUCAUCAUGAGGUACUUCUUUGCGGUGCUCACCGUCCUGACGCUGCUGGGGCUGCUCAAUGGGCUGGUGCUGCUGCCUGUCCUGCUCUCUGUCAUCGGGCCUCCCUCUGAGGCAUCCCCCAUGGAUAACAGCCCAUGCCUGCCCCCACCAGAGCCAGUGCCCCCGUGCCUCGGCCCCCGGGGGCUGUACAUCCGGCGCACCCCAGCCUGGCCUGCCACCUUCGCUGAUGCCUCGGACACGGAGCUGGGUGGCCCCCGGGGGCCCUGUGAUCAUGGCACCUUCGUUGUGCCUUCUGCCCCGGCACACAUCCUCCUGGAGGCCGGCAAGGAUCCCAACUUCCCCCGCAUCACUGUGCUGAAGCCCUACAUGGACAGCCCGGAGGUAUCGGGGAAGAAGGAGAGGCCCGGCCCGCAGCAGGCACCCCCGCUGCCCUUCGGGGAGCCGUGCCCCGCGCCGCCCGGAGACUACUCGCACCUGGCAGCACCCCAGCCGGGGCAGCCCUGCUCGCCGGGCACGCGGUCUGCCCCGCACAGAGCUCCCCGGCCCCCGCGGGCCGCGCUGCCCGCCUACAGCGCUCACGUGCAGGGGCCAGCUGGCAGCUAUGCCACUGUCACGGCCACCGCUUCGGUGACGGUGGCCCUGCACCCCACGCUGCCCGGCUCCUACCCCAGCUUUGAUCCCGAUGGCUUUGCUGGCGCUGAGACGGACUGCCUGGAAGAGCCUAGCGUGCCCACGCCCGGUGGCACCACCGUGCCCAAUGCCUUCGAGCUGCAGAGCCUGGGGCGCAACAGGGCAGGCGCAAGGUGCUAGGUUGCUGGCUUGCAGAUGGCACCAACACACCAGCUCGUGGGCAGAGCAUCUCCCCCAGCACCGGCAGGGCACAGGGUCCCCUCUGGGGCCAGAGGGUGCAGAGCGGUGUCGCCCUCAUCGUGCUGCUAGUCGCUGGAGCGGCGAUGCCCCAAUCUUGGCCCCGUGCCGUCGCACCAAGGAGGACCUAGCCCCUGUGUCCCCUCUGAAGGGGCUCGCCAGGGCAGCGGGGCAGGCUGCCGUUUCUAUGCAAGCCGUGUGCAGGCCACGCCGUGCCCGCAUGCCCACCGCCCGGGGCUGUGCCGCCAGCACCGCAUCUCCCCUCAGGGCUUGGGGUUCCCCUGCCCCAGGCCUGUUGCCCCCCAGAAAUGGAAGCACUAACCCCCCCCACCUCUGUUUCUGGAGCUGCUGGCAAGGCAGGCUCCACGCCCAGCCCUCUGCUGUGCCAACUCCCCCAUUGCGGGGGGUCGCUGCCUGCUCCCCGUCACCUCCUCUGGGGACCCCUCACCCAUGCCACGUGCUGUGGUGCCCCAGAUGGGGGGCCCCGGUGCCCCCGUUUCCAAAAGGGGGCAGUCCCAGAGCCAACCAUGCCCUGGGGUGCCAUGGGCAAGGCCUGGGGCGGGCACCCCCCCACCUUUAUUUAUUGCAAAGGGAAACUUAUCUAUAGAGAGAUAUAUAUUUUUAAGCUUAUUUUUAAAGAUUUAUUUCUCAGCCUGAGGCAUCGCCUGGCUGUCCAGGGUGCCAGGCACCGAGGGGACAAGCCCGUUGCUUGUGCAGGACUGUCCACUGGAGGCAGUGUGGGCUAGCAGUGAGAGCCCAGGGCAGGGAUGCUGGGCGGCUGUGGGCAAAUCACUCCCCUCUGAUGCCCUACUCUGUGCCUCAGUUUCCCCAUCGGCAGGCUUGGCAGGGACGGAGUUGGGGGACACACUGUGGAGCGAGGGAGCUUGCUGCUCCCACCGAACAGGCAGGGUUUGGGGGGUCCUUGGUGUGGUCCUUGCUGUGCUAAGCCCCAGUACUGUCCCACAGUCACAAACCUUCAUGCAAUCGCGCAUGCCUUUGCAAUGGGCAGAUCUAGCUGGAAAAGCCCAUUUCUGUGUCCCUGUGAACACAGCCCUCCCGACCAGCCCUGCUACGGGCAGAGCCAGGCGCUGUCCCCCCCUCUCUGUCCCUGUCCCAGGCACCAUCCCGCGCCGUCACCCAGCACUUUAACUCCAGCAGCGUUUGCCGUGCCCGUGGCCCUGGCCACCCAGGCCCCGGCUAUGGCCACUGAGCUGGGGUGGCCCCGGGGACCCCGUCCCCGUCCCCGUGCCAGGCGUGGGCACGGCGGGCAGCCCCCCCC